AUGUCCACCAUACAGAACUUGAAGAACUUCAUCCGCCACGGCAAGCAGGCCCGCGACGCCCGCUCCCCCCAAGAUCAGGCUACCACACACGUCUCCAAUGUCCACGCUCAGCAUCAUCGACACCACCAGGGCCAGCCCGGCGCCGCGCAGCAGCAGCAUCAGAAGUACGGCAUCAGCGAUCCAAACGUCUACGAACACAAGCCUCUCCAAGCAAGUGCUCCGCAAGGCGACUUCUCGGCGGCUGCCGUCGACAACCGCAACGUCGCCGCCAAAGCCGGACAUGCCGCCGGUCAGGCAGCAGAUGAAAAGCAGAGGCGUGACCAGAAGCAAAAGGACUACGACGCAUCCGUACUGGAGCGCAUCGUGGCGGAGGAGCGUGAGAGCAAGGGAAAGCUUCCUCGAUAUCCCGGUCUGGAGCGAUGGACCCUCGUCGAGAAGAUGGGCGACGGCGCCUUCAGCAACGUCUACCGAGCAAAGGACACCACCCACGUCUACGACCAGGUCGCCAUCAAAGUCGUGCGCAAGUUUGAGAUGAACUCGACACAGGUAUGCUGAUGCCAGGCCGCGCGCGUUGUGGUUUUCUCCCCUUCCCUCUCCCUCUAUCCUUUGUUACAAUCAUCCAUGCAUUCUACGAUCUCUAGCCAACAUUCAUGCCUGCCUACAGGGCGUCCUGCAUCCGGACUACGAGAAGAAGGCGCCGAAAGGCGUGGAGGUGCGCAGUACUCCAUCAUCACCAUCCCCACCACUCUCCUUGUUGUUGUUUGCUGUCGACAUGUCGCAUGCCCAACCCAAACCGCUGACGUCAUAUCUCUCAGAGAGCAAACAUUCUCAAGGAAGUCCAGAUCAUGCGCCAACUAGACCAUCCCAACAUCGUCAAGCUCGUCGAUUUUUCCGAAUCGCGACAGUACUACUACAUCGUCCUCGAGCUCUGUCCCGGGGGCGAGCUCUUCCACCAGAUCGUUCGUUUGACGUACUUCAGCGAGGAUCUCUCAAGACACGUCAUACUCCAAGUCGCCCACGCGCUGGAGUAUUUGCACGAAGAGGCCGGUGUCGUGCAUCGGUACGUUCGGAUGCAUCCUCUUCCUGGACGCGCGCUGACCCACGCACAGUGACAUCAAGCCCGAGAACUUACUCUUCUACCCCAUUCCGUUCAUUCCCACCAAGAACCCGAAACCCAAGGGUCCCGAGGAUGAAGACAAAGCCGACGAAGGUGAAUUCAUCCCGGGUCAAGGUGCCGGUGGCAUCGGACAGAUCAAGAUUGCCGACUUCGGUCUGUCCAAGGUCAUCUGGGACAGCCAGACGAUGACACCGUGCGGCACGGUCGGAUACACUGCCCCUGAAAUCGUCAAGGAUGAGCGCUACUCCAAGAGCGUCGACAUGUGGGCACUCGGAUGCGUGCUGUACACAUUACUCUCCGGCUUCCCUCCAUUCUAUGACGAAAGCAUCCAGGUGCUGACGGAGAAGGUCGCUCGCGGUCAAUAUACCUUCUUGUCGCCCUGGUGGGAUGACAUCUCCAAGUCCGCCCAAGAUCUUGUCUCGCACCUGUUGACCGUCGACCCCGAGAAGCGCUACGACAUCAAGCAAUUCCUCAACCACCCAUGGAUCCGCAAGGCCGACGAGCCAACCCACGCCGCUGCCGACGCACCUCCACUCGCAACACCGCUGCACGUCCGUCAAGGGCAGAUGUCUGCUGGCGAGAAGAGCGCGUCGCCGAUGAAGCCCGACUUUACCUAUCUGGAUGAAACACCCGGAGCUGGACGUCGCAUGGAUUUCCGUUCGCCUGGUGCCGUCAACCUGCGUGAAGUGUUUGACGUUGGCUACUCUGUACACCGACAGGAAGAAGAGGGCAAGCGACGAAAGAACUUCAAGCAAGGCUACCGCGGCGGCAACCCGAUGAACUCGCUGAACGCACUAGACGAGGACGUGGAUGACGACGAGUUCGAGGGUGUAUCGCAAGCGUAUGAUGCGCAUUCGGCAAACCCGCCCGCGAAGGUGCCCAAGUCGGGUGCUGCACCGGAUGUUGGCGGCAUGGAGAAGCAGAUGCGCAACACCAGUCUUUCUGCCGCAGCCCAGGCUCGCCAGGCCGCUGCACCGCGAUCAUCUCAAGCCAAGGGUUACGGCCAGCAUUCACCGGAAGUCGCUGCCGCAGCGAAACGUCAAGUCCGUAACAAGGCUGGCGCAUUCGAGCUCAGCCUGGACAAUGCAACGUUGCUCGGUCGUCGCGGGAAGAAGCCUAAUGAGCCCAGUGGGUUGAGACAAGAACAGGUUGUUCAAUAA